AUGGCGGCGGCUCACUUCUGCGACGCGCCUACCCCGCCUCGCGUAUCCUGCCCGCGCAUCGAGCUACUCCACCACGUCCGGGACCCGCCCAGCAUCACGCACCAGCCGCUAUUCUGGCCGUGCGGCCUUCAUUGUUGUCUGCGCAGGUCUCGCAUACGGCCUCGACCGCGCGGUCAACGCGUCGGCCAUCGGGUGAAACCUGCGGACACUGUGGACGCGCUUGACGACCGCGGAACGUCCUACAUAAAUAAAGACCGCGUCUACAUUCCACGCAUCUUCCCCGAGCUAUCCACCAAGAAGAUCACGACGGGCGAGUGGAUUGACGGCGUCCGGCUGAGUGACAAACACGGCAUCUCGCUCCUCAUGGGUGACGACCGUGCCUCCGUCCCCAGCACAGACCCGCUCGACACCGACCGCUUGGGGGUGUGA